AUGGCGAGCACUACAAUUCUAAUCAAGCCGGAAACCCCUUCUUUGCUGGAAACGGUCGAGCUUUCAGAGAACGAUAUCGUAAUGCCAAAAUCAUACACCCGUUUCACCGUCUUCUACCAACACGCUGCCCGAGACGCCAUCGAGAAACUCCAAACAUCACUUUCCACGACAUUGGUCUCGUUCCCAAUCGUAGCAGGAACCAUGCACUUUAACGCCGAAAACGGAAAUAUAUCAGUCACGACAAAUGAUCGUGGCGUGCCCUUUGACGUAAGGACGUCCUCGAUGACAUUAGAAUCACUCAAACCAUUCAAACACGAAGAAAUACCAAUGGAUCUAUCCGUCACACUCGAUCAAGCAUUACUGUGGCCUCUAAUGGUGAAAAUUACGACAUUUGCCGACGGAGGGAUAGCUGUCGCCGUGGGGAUGCAGCAUGCAAUCGCAGACGGCCACUCUGUGUUCGCAUUCGUAAAGUACUGGGCUAGUAUAUGUAGUAUGGGACAUGCUAAUGGUUUACCGACUCCAAUACACAGUCGACGUAUAUUGGAUCCGCUACGUGAUGCUAGGAAUGUUUUACAGCCGCCUGAAUUCAAGCUUGUUGAUCCAGCUAUCGUCAAGUAUCCGAGUGUAUUGCCCGCUGUGAGGGCCACGAUGUUUCAUUUUAGUAUUGAGAGUCUUGCUAGGCUGAAGGCUGAAGCAGCUAGUAAAUCUGUCGGGAGGUUUGUGUCGACACAAGAUGCUUUGAGUGCACUGAUAUGGAGGUGUUGUGUUAGAGCUUGGGUCAUCCCAUCAGACACCCAAGCAAAACUCGGGUUCGCAUGCAACGGACGCAAUAAAACAAUUCCACCACAAGGAGACGGUUAUUUCGGAAACUCGAACUGGUUUCCACUACCGAUACUAGACGUGUCAGCCCUCACAGGACCAGACGGACUGUCAAAAGCAGCAGACAUGAUACGAGCCGAGAUUGAAAAGAUAAAUGAUGACAAGAUUAGGGAUACGUCUGCAUGGAUUCAUAGUAUUGAAAACAAGCUACAUAUCACAUAUACGUUUACGGCGUCUAAAAGGAUUGGAGGGGCGGAUUUCACGUUGACUAGUUGGAGGUUUGGCAUGUAUGAUAUCCAGUUUUUUGGAGAGAGGCCGAUGUCUGUGAGGCAAACUGGCCAACUGAACUGGGAUGGCCUCGCAACCAUUUUUGAUGCAGCAGAUGGUGGCACCGAUGUAUACAUUGGUCUUGUCGCCGAGUCUAUGGAUAAACUCGAAAAGGACUCGGAAUUCAUAAAAUUCACCUCAUGA